GCGCUGGCUUUUAUCACAUGCUGGGACAAGGAUGACGUGGAGAGGCGGGGAGUCUGUCCUGCACAGCCCGGGUGGCAUCGCGGUGUUGGUGCUGGGAUCUGGGGAGCUUCUGCCCCGAUGGCAUCUGUAACCCAGCAUCAGAUCCAGAAGUUCCACAAGGAUGGCUUCCUUGUCCUGGAGCAGUUUUUCAGCGCAGAGGAGUGUGACGAUAUGAGGAGCCAGAUCCAGAAAAUCGUCUCGGAGAUGGAAGUGCCGCCGCACUGCCGCACCGCGUUCUCCACCAGGGAACAGGAGCAGCUCCAAGCACAGGGUAGCUCGGAUUAUUUCCUCACCAGUGGAGACAAGAUUAGAUUCUUCUUUGAGAAAGGUGUUUUGGAUGAGAAAGGUAACUUUCUAAUUCCAAAGGAGAAGUCUGUCAGCAAGAUUGGCCAUGCUCUACACGCUUAUGAUCCUGUCUUCAAGCAAAUCACCCACUCCCCCAAGGUGCAGGAACUGGGAAGAAAACUAGGCCUUGAGAGACCAGUAGUUGUGCAGAGCAUGUAUAUCUUCAAGCAACCUGGCAUUGGUGGUGAAGUGACUCCACACCAAGAUGCCACCUUCCUGCACACGGAGCCUCUGGGCCGGAUCCUGGGCUUCUGGAUCGCCCUGGAAGAUGCCACACAGGAGAAUGGCUGUUUGUGGUUCAUCCCUGGCUCUCACACCAAUGGGAUUACCCGGAGGAUGGUCCGUGCAGCUUCAGGUGCCUCAACAUGUGUAGAGUUUGUAGGCUCAGAGCCAGCCUAUGAUGAGAAGCAGUUCAUACCUCUGCCUAUAAGUAAAGGUGGACUCAUCCUCAUCCAUGGUGAGGUUGUCCAUAAGAGUGAACUCAACAGCUCGGAGUCUUCUCGCCAUGCGUUCACCUUCCACGUGAUGGAAGCCAAAGGCACCACCUGGAGCAAAGAGAACUGGCUUCAGCCAACUCCUGAACUGCCUUUUCCAUCGCUCUACACUUGAAGUUAGUGACUGGCUUUUGUGGAGUCAAUAGCUGAUCAAUAUUCCUUUUUGAUUGUUCAUUCACAAUCUUUUAAAAACAAUCUUCACUAGAUCAGCUCUCAAUGUUCAUUUAUCCUCCUCCCCAAAACCAGGGCCAUUAUCACAGCCCAAGACCUGCAGUAGACAGAAGCUUCUACUGCAGCAGGAGCCGUGCCAGUAUGAGAGUAGUCACUAGUCCUUUUGCUAAGGAAACACCUUCAGUCUUGAAAACAAACCAGUUAAGACCAUUGCACAUUGACUGGGACUACUUACCAAGUAUUUCUCCUUGCAGAUACUCAGUAUUUUCUUGUGUUUAAGAGCUUAAGUGCAUUUCUUGUCUGGUUGACUCCAGCAAAGCAGGUGGACAUGCAGGGGAGAAGUUUGAUUUUUCACCCCUACGUUUCUGUCUUAUUUUUGGAAUAACAGUGAUUUAAAGCAAUCUUGUGGAUAAAGUGAAGCAGGACGUCUGCUUUUUAUAGUCAAUUUAUAGUCAAUCUUCUAAAUACUCCUGGCAGACAGUAGUUGAAUGUUUUAUCUCUGGGUGUGAUUAAAAAUAUUACAAUUUUUAAAGAUUCAUGUUGAAAUAAUGGACACAACCUCAGUCAAACUCUUUACACUUAAAUAAAAAUAUAGAAAUUCUC